AAAACAUCUACUGAGAAGCUGUCUGAACCCAAGAAAAGGAUGUUAAAUGGACGUUGCAUUUAGAGUGAUGAAUUAUCGACAUAUUCUCUCUUUGUUUGUGACAACCAUAAGUCUGUCUGGGAUGGGCAUAGAAGAGCUUAUAAAGCCAAAUAUCGUCAACGUUCUACUAAGUACAGCUAUCGAUUAUGAUGAAUUGAGAUACCAUAGUCUACUUAUAUUCAAAUACAGUGUCUACUCAAUGGGUGCUAAAAUGGCUAUCAAUUUAAGCGCCAAAGACGGUUUAUUCUGUUUAUGGCUUCGUGAGAUCGUCUACCUGUUGUCAGGAAUUGUAGAGGAGGAUAUCGAUGAAGAGACAUAUGAAGCUCGUCAAUUUGCAUAUCAAGUCAUACGUCAUUAUGAACAGAAGAAUGCUAUAGACUUGCCAGUAAAGGUACUACAUCGGAAUUUAUCAGACGAAGUAGUGAAUGAGUUGCUCAAGAGUAUCAAAAAUCACGUUGGUGAUACACUCUCGCAAUCUAUCGAUGAUUACGCAAUUACAGCUAUCAGUAUUCGCGAGAAUAAGGUAAAUGAGUAUGGUAACCUGAGAUAUAUCAAGACAGACCAGAGUGAAGACCUCGUUGAUGUCCUUACAACAACAAAUAAUGAUGAAUACUUAUCUGAUUAUCCCGAAUUCUUCUGCAUCGUCAAUAGAAAGGCUAACACGACCGUCAAAGCAACAAUAGAGAAUAAUCCACUUCUUUGCUAUGACCUUUUCUUCAAUUUACAACUAUACCUCUGCAAUCACCGCAGGCCAUACAAACAACUCGCGCCAACAAUAUUACUCAAUAGUGAUGUUAUUUUUAACAUAUCAUUGUUAAAGACAUUCAUAGUUACCUCUGAUUCAUUCUCAGAUCUACAACCAGGUGACAAUUUUAUCAAUCAAUUGCUUUCCGACACAAAAGACACUUCACAUACCAAAGCCAUCAACGCAGUAAAGAUAUCCUUGUUGAACAAAUCAAUAACAUUUGUAUAA